UGACUAUUUGCAUGAAGGCAAAAAGGAUUUCCUGCAUUCAUUUUGAAACUGAAUGGAUGUGUUGGUUCUCGCUGGCUGUGCAGGAAAGAUGAGCCUUUUCUCACUGGGGCUGGGCUGUGUGGUGCGAGCUCUGCAGGGUGGGUUUGAAGGAUGCUCAUGAAGGCAGCCCUGCCUGGGGCUGCACCAUCAAAUCUGAGCUGCUCUGGGAGCAGCCUGGCCCGGAGCUGUGCCUGCAGCCUCUCCCUCCCCCAGACACAGCAACGGGAGGCUGCUUCUCGUCCAGACUCCUCUUGGAGGAGCAACCUGGCCUUAGAUCUUGGCCUUUGCCUCUUCAGCGCUUGCCAACUCUUGGCGUUUCUUGAAUUCAGAGCCCGUGUUCUGGCAGGAGUGAGAAGGUGCCCCAGGGUUUGCGGCAAAGGGCCACCUCCAGCCGUGACCUGCUGUCGCUGGAUAGCACCGGUCCCUCCUGCCAAGACGGCAGUCGUCUCGCUAAAGAACACAAAGCAAGUGUUCCCUCCGGAUUGCUGGGGAUUUUCUCUGCAAAAUCUCCAAUAAGCCCUGAGCAAAACCCAGAGGUUGGCAGGCCAGGAGGAGGUGGAGGUGAGAGCUGCUGUAGCACAGCUGCUACCCCUUGGUGCUGUGUAACCAUCUUGCUGUUCACCGCGGCGCCAAGAUCUCUGCAGAAGGGUUUUGCAAGCCUCAUCUGCAGUCAGGAUACUUUUUCUUUUGCCUCCUCCCCAUCCCCUCAUUCCCUUCAGCACCUACAGGACCCUCCUGGCCCUCUAUCCCUCUCUAUCCUGGUGGCCAGCAUGCAAGUGCCCCCCAGACUGCCACUGUCCUUCCUGCUGGGAUCAGAUAGGCUGCCUGCACUGCCCCUUGGCUUUUUCCACCAAAAGUCUUUCUCCCACUUGCACACCAGCCCAUCUGCACGGUUUGGGCUGCUCCCCAGGCUUGCUGCCGCCAAACAAGAGCCUGUGAGAAUGGUCAGCUUCUUGUCCACCCAGGCUGCUUUAGUGACCAGACCUGCCCAGGAAGUGCUGUGGCCAGAGGCAGCGUAGACAUGAGCAGGGCAGUGGUCAGGCAGCUCUCACAGGCGUGACAACAGGGUGCUGGCUUUAGCCCAAGGCUUGCUUUGUUCAGGGAGCAUCGCUGCACACACACACGGGCCACAGCUGCCUCCCUUGCUGUGGGGCACCUGCUUCUUGGGGCGGGGUUGGGGCUGGGACAGUGGCUUUGGAGCCGUCUGGUCACAAAGGGACCGGCCUGCUGCCCCUCACACCUGGCACCCGGGAGCGGGCGGGAGCCAUGCCCGUUCGUGGGGGCAGCAGGAGCUGUGUCCGCGCGGGCGAGGGGCUGUGUGACGCCUGUCCGUGAGGGCCGUGUGAGCCGUGUCCCCGGUGCCCCUCGCUCGGUGUCUCCCUCCCUCGCCGUCCCUCAGCCCCUCACGCUCGGUCCCGCUCGCGCCCCCUGGCGGGCCACGCGCUUCCCGGCGGGCGGGCAGCCAAUGGGCGCGCGGGCUGGGCGGCGGCCGGGGUAUAAAAGGCUCCGCCCCGCGCGGCGCGCGCUCCAGACUCACCUGGCGGCGCAGGGAGCGGGAUCGGCACCGGCACCGAGCGCACAUCGCAGCCACCGCGCAUCGCGCCCCACAGCGCCGCAGGCAAAAUGUGCGACAAACCAGACCUGUCGGAGGUGGAGAAAUUCGACAAGAAGAAGCUGAAGAAAACCAACACGGAGGAGAAGAACACGCUGCCCUCCAAGGAGACUAUUGAGCAGGAGAAGGAAUGUGUGAAGUCUUCCUAGAGAGAGAUUGCCUGGCAGGAAGAGCGACUACUCAAUUAUUUUGCUUUGAAAUGAAUCAUGUGGGUUUUUUUAAAUUUACAUCACGUACAUGUAUAGAAAACAGCUGUAUCACCUAACACACUGUCCCACUCUGCUGGCAGCUUUGGCAGGUGGGGGGACAAAGCGUGGUCCUCUCAGUCCAUCCAUAGCCUGACCUGAUGCCAUCUCUGCUGCUUCAGCUGCCUCCUGUGACAGCACUGAUCUUGCUCUGAUGCAGUGGGGAGAUGAGCAAGGGCUGUGGAGGCUUCUGGGCAUGGGCCCCUUCUGCCUGGGCGAGUGGGGAACCUUUCUGGCCUCACCUCCAGCCUGGGUCUGUCUUGCAUAUUCUUCACUGACAGUGUUCUGUAGCCUCACUCACAGUUUUUUGUCUUCCUUGGGGAAAAAUGAGAAGUUUAUUAUAAAAUAAAAAAUUGUAAUGAUCUA